AUGGGCUUUAAGCAAGCCAUUGCUGAAAAUUCCCUAUUUACUAAAGGUGAAGGAAAAUCCUUUGUGGCACUACUAGUCUAUGUUGAUGACAUUGUUGUAGUCAGUGCUGAUUUGAAACUCAUACAACAAAUCAAGCUCCAUCUCAGUAACAACUUUCAAAUAAAAGACCUAGGGCCUCUCAAGUAUUUUCUAGGUCUAGAAGUGGCUAGACAAAAGAAUGGAAUCUCAGUUUCCCAAAGGAAGUAUGAUUUUGAGCUGCUGAGUGAUGCAGGUUUCAUGAACUCUAAACCAGUUUAUAGCCCAACAGUCCCUUUUAAGAAAUUUAGAAAUGAAAAUGACUUAUUAGAUGACAAUUCCCAGUACAAAAAGUUGUUUGGAAAACUCUUGUAUCUAACCAUCACAAGGCCUGAUAUUAACUUUGCCACUCAACAUCUAUCUCAGUUUCUGGAAACGCCCACUCAUCUGCAUUUACAAGCAGCCCAUAGGGCUCUAAGGUACAUUAAAAGUGCUCCUGGUCAAGGUCUCUUCUUCCCAGCUUCAUCUAGCCUGAAGGCCUUUACUGACUCAGAUUGGGGAGCAUGUGUGGAUACCAGGAGGUCUGUCUCUGGUUUUUCUGUAUAUUGUGACAACAAGUCUACUAUAGCCAUUGCUGAAAACCCAGUUUUCCAUGAACGCACCAAACACAUUGAAUUGGAUUGCCUUCUAAUAAGGGAAAAGCUACAAAAAGGAACCAUCAGGUUGUUUCAUGUUGCUUAUGGCAACCAGUUAGCUGAUGUCUUCGCCAAAACCCACUGUCCUAGAUCCUUUUUCAGCUAUGUUUCCAAGCUUUAA